UCCCAGCUGCCUUGAGAUCAUUGACAAGAUCCUCCCGUGUAGUUCUGGGCUGAUUCCUCAAAGUUCUCAUGAUCAUUGCAACUCCACGAGGUGAGAUCUUGCAUGGAGCCCCAGGUCGAGGGAGAUUGACAGUUCUUUUGUGUUUCUUCCAUUUGCGAAUAAUCGCACCAACUGUUGUCACCUUCUCACCAAGCUGCUUGGCGAUGGUCUUGUAGCCCAUUCCAGCCUUGUGUAGGUCUGCAAUCUUGACCCUGACAUCCUUGGAGAGCUCUUUGGUCUUGGCCAUGGUGGAGAGUUUGGAAUCUGAUUGAUUGAUUGCUUCUGUGGACAGGUGUCUUUUAUACAGGUAACAAGCUGAAAUUAGGAGCACUCCCUUUAAGAGUGUGCUCCUAAUCUCAGCUUGUUACCUGUAUAAAAGACACCUGGGAGCCAGAAAUCUUUCUGAUUGAGAGGGGGUCAAAUACUUAUUUCCCUCAUUAAAAUGCAAAUCAAUUUAUAACAUUUUUGACAUGCGUUUUUCUGGAUUUUGUUGUUGUUAUUCUGUCUCUCACUGUUCAAAUAAACCUACCAUUAAAAUUAUAGACUGAUAAUUUCUUUGUCAGUGGGCAAACGUACAAAAUCAGCAGGGGAUCAAAUACUUUUUUCCCUCACUGUAUAUACUGAACAAAAUAUAAACGCAACAUGCAACAAUUUCAAGAUUUUACUGAGUUACAGUUCAUAUAAGGAAAUCAGUCAAUUGAAAUAAAUUAAGUAGGUCCUAAUCUAUGGACUUCACAUGACUGGGCAGGGGUGCCAGGCCUAGCCAAUCAGAAUGAGUUUUUCCCCACAAAAGGGCUUUAUUACAGACAGAAAUACUCCUCAGUUUCAUCAGCUGUCCGGGUGGAUGGUCUCAGACUAUCCCACAGGUGAAGAAGCCGGAUGUGGAGGUCCUGGGCUGGCGUGGUUACACUUGGUCUGCGGUUUUUAGUCCGGUUGGACGUAAUGCCAAAUUCUCUAAAACAACGUUGGAGGUGGCUUAUGGUAGAGAAUUGAACAUUCAAUUAUCUGGCAACAGCUCUGGUGGACAUUCCUGCAGUCAGCAUGUCAAUUACACGCUCCCUCAAAACUUGAGACAUCUGUGGUAUUGGGAUGUGUGACAGAACUGCACAUUUUAGAGUGGCCUUUUAUUGUCCCCAGUACAAGGUGCACCUGUGUAAUGAUCGUGCUGUUUAAUCAGCUUCUUGAUAUGCCACACCUGUCAGGUGAAUGGAUAAUCUUGGCAAAGGAGAAAUGCUCACUAACAAGGAUGUAAACAAAUGUAUGCACAACAUUUGAGAGAAAUAAGCUUUUUGUGCGUCUGGAAAAUUUCUGGGAUCUUCUAUUUCAGCUCAUGAAACAUGGGACCAACACUUUACAUGUUGCGUUUAUAUUUUUGUUCAGUAGUACAAAUUGGAUUCGUAAGAUAUCUAAUUGUUUCUUUUUUUGCAGGACGUAACAUAUCAUAAGAAAUGGAUGACAUAGCGCACAAUCUGAUGACUAGUACACCAAAAAACAGGGACCACUUUUGGUUCGUGAGCACCACUUUCAAAACUACUGGCUGAAAUUAUACAAAUGUCUUCCAUUCUGUCACAUUAGAUUAGAUUUUUCUCAUGGUUUUAAAAAAGAAGACAUUUGUCUGUGGCUCAUUUGUGAUGCUAGUCAGCCAAUGCCUCCAGGCCAGGCAGUCACUAAAAGCAACUCAACUCUUGUCUAAAAUAUUAGCGUCCAGAAACGACUAAGCUAAGUGCAGGGUAGCCAGAAACGACUAAGCUAAGUGCAGGGUAGCCAGAAACGACUAAGCUAAGUGCAGGGUAGCCAGAAACGACUAAGCUAAGUGCAGGGUAGCCAGAAACGACUAAGCUAAGUGCAGGGUAGCUACUUUCUUUCAGCUGUCCUCCUCUUUGCCCUCCGUCUGCUUUGCGCUGGCAGUCCAAACUGAGAUAUAUUAAUAACUAGGUGACAUGAUGUGACCCCUAGACUGCAGAUACACUGUUCCUCUGGCUAACGAUGACAGGGCCUUAUUAGGACGAGACUUCCUGAUUGAUCACGGAUAAUCAGCUCAUUAGGCCUGAUUAGCUACUGUUCAAGGGGGAAUCUUUCACACGGGAUCGUCUCGGGUGUGUGUGUGUGUGUGUUCUGAGGUUGUACUAGCACGUCUGAGAACAACGGGUGAUAAGAGACUGGAUUAGCUAGGUAAAUAAGUGGAAAGUGAUAGAUAACCAAUAGGAAGCUACUCUCUGCCAGUGUCUGCAGGGCAAGACGGGGCUAAACUCAUUGUUUCUUUGCAAAGUAAAACAUUAAACAUACAACAAAAACCAAGUUAUUGAACUUCUUUACAAUAUGUUCACAGUAGACUAUAUAUUAUGUAGUAUAAAGAUGUUAUAAUGUUAGUCCUAUAUGUGUAAUUAAGAUAAAAUGUUCACCCUUAUAUAGGGAGAGAGAGAGAGAGAGAAAGAGAGAAGCGAGGAGCGAGAGAUAGAGAGAAGAGAGAGAGAGAGAGAGAGAUGAGAGAGAGAGAGAGAGAGAGGGCAAGAGAGAGAGAUGAGAUGAGAAGAGAGAGAGAGGAGAGAGAGAGAGAGAGAGAGAGUAGAGAGAGAGAGAGAGAGUCGAGAGAGAGAGAGAGACGAGAGAGAGGGAGAGAGGAGGGGAGAGAGAGGCGGAGAGAGAGAGACGAGAGAGCGAGAGUGAGGAGCAUGAGAGAGCGAGAGAGAGAGAGAGAGAGAGAAGAGAGAGAGAGAGAGCGAGAGAGAGAGAGAGAGGAGAGAUGAAGGAGAGAGCGAGAGAGAGUGAGAGAAGGCGCGAGAGAGCGAGAGAGCCGGAGAGAGCGAGAUGAUCGAGAGAGCGAGAGAGGAGAGAGAAACAUAUCAUGAUGUGCAUAAUCAUUCCAGGUCCAAUGGCUUCAUUGACGGGAAGGAGGGGCUUUUACACAGACAGACCCAGAGUCUUUAUGCAACCAUCUACUCUCAAUGGGAACAGGAAACCAACACGUCAUUAGUUUUAAAAAAACACAAUUAACACAAGUACAAUUAAAACCUUUAGGGCUGGUUUCCCGGACACAGAUUAAGCCUAGUCCUGGACAAAAUGUAAUGUUCAAAGAAGAUAGUCCUAUACUAGACUUGAGCAAGGUAUUUAUUUUAUUGUAUUUUACUUUGUGUCCGGGAAACCAGCCCUUAACAUUAUUACUACUUUAACAUUCUUCUCAGAUCCUUUAGUAAUGAAUAUAACAAUCCUCAAUAUAAAAGCUUGAUGGCACGAUCUUAAAAAAGGAACAAAAAUCUAAUUGGAAUGACUGGGAAAGGGUAGUGCCUUGGCAUUGGGCUAAAUUGCUUUGGGAAAUCAUAAAAUGAACGGCAAGACACCAACUCCUCGAGGAGAAGUUGAUGAUAGUUAGUCGUGACACUUCCCAAAACGACUUUAUGCAAAUCAGCAGUUUUCUUUUCCAAGGCUGAAUGACACCGCGACCCACGCAAAGGCAAAUGUUUACAGAAAACAUAAGAUGGAGCCUCCAACAAGUUGGCUUUACGGUUCCCUUUAAUCUCAGCCAUUAAUCACAUCACCACACACUAAGAGAUAUAAAUGCAUCAAUCAUGAGGAAAUAGCAUGAUGGAUGGAGGAUGCAUCAAUCAUGAGGAAAUAGCAUGAUGGAUGGAGGAUGCAUCAAUCAUGAGGAAAUAGCAUGAUGGAUGAAGGAGUCAAGAGGUCCUUCUCUCUCUCUCUCUCUCUCUCUCUCUCUCUCUCUCUCUCUCUCUCUCUCUCUCUCUCUCUCUCUCUAUUCAAUGGGCUUUAUUGGCAUGGGAAACAUAUGUUUACAUUGCCAAAGCAAGUGAAAUAGAUCAUAAACAAAAGUGAAACGAACAAAAUAAAAUUAACAGUAAACAUUACUCUCACAAAACUUUCAAAAGAAUAAAGACAUUUCAAAUGUCAUAUUAUGGCUAUAUACAGUGUUGUAAUGAUGUGCAAAUAGUUAAAGUACAAAUGGGAAAAUAAAUAAACAUAAAUAUGAGUUGUAUUUACAAUGGUGUUUGUUCUUCACUGGUUGCCCUUUUCUUGUGGCAACAGGUCACACAUCUUACUGCUGUGAUGACACACUGUGGUAUUUCACCCAAUAGAUAAGGGAGUUUAUCAAAAUUGGAUUUGUUAGGGAAUUCUCUCUCUGACUUGCAAAUGCAGAAGGAGGAGAAGGAGUGAGGGAGGAGGAGAGAGGAGGAGUGAGGGAGAUGGAGAGAGGAGGAGUGAGGAAAGAAGAGAGGAGGAGUGAGGGAGGAGGAGAGAGGAGGAGUGAGCGAGGAGUGAGCGAGGAGGAGGGCGGGAGGAGAGAGGAGGAGGGAGGAGGAGAGAGGAGGAGUGAGGGAGGAGGAGAGAACGUUGUGAAAAUGCCUGGAUGGCGUCCUCCAUGCGUCAUUGCCUGCGUCCCAAAUGGCAUCCUAUUCCCUACAUAGUGCACUACUUUUGACCAUAGGCCUAAGUCAAAAGUAGUGCACUAUGUAGGGAAUAGGAUACCAUUUUGGGACGCAGACAAUGACGCAUGGAGGACGCCAUCCUCCGAAGCCCCGUCCCUCUUUACUGCUCCACGUCACGUCCCCCAGCCAGCACAUUAAUCAUACGGCAGGAGGAAUGAGGCAGAGCAUCUGUAAUACUUACAAAUGGUGGGCAGGAGCCACUGAAGGACAAGGAAAGGUCGACGCACAACGUAGCCAGCAUUAAAUGUUUCAGUCGCUGUUACAGGAGGAGACGAUGCAUAACAGAGGGGGAAAGGAGAAGAGCCGCCUCCCCUUCUCUUGUGUGUGUGUGUGUGUGUGUGUGUGUGUGUGUGUGUGUGUGUGUGUGUGUGUGUGUGUGUGUGUUCGUCCAUUCAGCCCAACACACAUUAACAGUUAUUUAUGGGGUGGUAUAAAGACAAGGACAGAUGGAGGACAUGGUGUCUACAAAUGGAACCUAGAAACUAAGGGUUGUGUUUUAGCACAGGGUGUUCGCCUAUCCAUUUGAAUUUGCAGUAGAGGUGUUGAAUGAUUGCAUUUACAUUUUUCACACCAAGCAAAGACAGAUAAGAGACCCUCAUUGUUUGUUUGUGUGUGAUGAGGUAUGCAGGGAUUGUGUUAGCUAGCUACCUGUAAUUAUAUUGCAGUAAAUAGGAAAAUGCAAUUUCCGUAUGUACCUAUGUAUGAUAUCGAGAUAGCAUGUCCUUUAUAACAUGUGCAAACCUUGCCUCAUAACCUUGAGUGAUGACAUAGCUAAAAUGUGAAUCGUCAGCCCAUGCAAUCCAUAUUUAUCACAAUGCAUAUCAAUGGUAAAUGAGAUAGUAUCUGGAUCGUGUUGGACUUUGACAUUUAAGGCUCAACAUGAUGUGCCUCAUAUGUUAAUUAAUAUGUGUCUGCAUUACUUUAAGUCCCACUGUGAUUUUCACAGCCAUUAUGUGUUUUCAAAUUACGAAGUCUGUUAAGAGCCUUUUCCUUGAAGGUCCACUAUGAUUUAAGUCUGUUAAGAUCCUUUUCCUUGAAGGUCCACUUUGAUUUAAGUCUGUUAAGAGCCUUUUCUUUGAAGGCCCACUAUGAUUUAAGUCUCUUAAGAGCCUUUUCCUUGAAGGCCACUAUGAUUUAAGUCUGUUAAGAGCCUUUUCCUUGAAGGCCCACUAUGAAUUAAGUCUUUCAAGAGCCGUUUCCUUGAAGUCCCACUAUGAUUUUCAAAGUCAUAUGUUUUUACGACUUAAGGGGUGGUCCUUAAGAGAGAGAGCAGGCCUGGAUAUCAAAUGUGUAAUGGGUUUUUCGAUUCCUAACAGAAUGAAUAUUCGGCUGUGUUACAGGAGGAUGAGGGCGGUGAGGGCCGGUUCAGCUUCACCGCCUAUGGCAUGGGCCCAGCCUGCCUUCAGGCCAAAGACGGCAUGGCCAUCAAAGGGAACAACAACAACGCCCCGACCGCCACUGCCGGCCCUCAGGAGAAAACGGUGGAAGAGAUGCGCAAGCUCUUCAUCGGCCGCGCGAAGAGGAUCGACACGGUCUCUCGCGUGGCUUUCCCGCUAGUCUUCCUCAUUUUUAAUAUUUUCUACUGGCUCGUAUACAAGAUCAUCCGAAGCACGGAUGUACACCAGAUGACGUAAGCAAGGGAAGAGAGAGAGUUCAAUACCACACCAUCCUGCUCCCAACCCCAAUACUCCUCGCUCUUCACUUGCUCACUUGCUUUUGGUGGCUAUCGCCUUGGAAUAGGUAAUUUAUCAAUAUUUGUUAUUUUAUUUUAUUUCCCCCCUCUUUUCUCCUGAAUAAUCCGGACCAGUGCAAUAGCAAUGCAGUAAAAUGCAUGAUAUAUGAAUGUGGCAAUAUAUUUACAAAAUGAUAAAGAAGUAAAUAUUAAGACUUUUACCGAUACAUCCAAGUACUUCGGAAUUUAUGAUAGUGAGAAUUUAAAAAGAAAGAAGACAGAUAGUGCAUUAUAAAGAAGAAGAAGUUUGGGAAACAUACAGAACUGUAAUAUAUUAUAUAUCUAUCAUAAAUUUAAAAACGGUUAUUUAUUCGAAAGGCAGGCGUCUGGAUGGAACACGAGGGAUGGAUUUUAAAAGGAUACUAAGACGAUUUAGUGCUUCCAUUAAUAAAGUGAUGCAAGGAUCGUGUGUCCAAUAUAUCUCAAUUAGCUUCAAUGUGUGUUGCAAGCCCUCAACAAAAAUGGAGAUUUCAUGUGGUUGAUGCUGCUAUCAACUAUAUGAAGGAAACUUGAUGAGUGGGGGAGUGAAAGUAAUAUUCUAUUGUUUCUAACCGCUGUGGUCAACGUGUUCCUCUAUCUGUCCUUAACUUUAUUUCUCAAUUGCGUAUCGUUUUUACUUUACGUGUCAAGUGUACAUCAUGUUGCUGUAAUCAGCUCAAGCUCUUAUUGGGAACGCUACAUUCUAAAUUCUAUAAAGGGACAUUUGCCAUCAUUUACAUAUCGUCAUUGUUGCAUACAUUUAUUUAUUUAUUCAUGUUCUUUUUUUUAAAAGGAUUUGGUACUUAUAUCAAAAUAUGAUUCAUUAAAAGUGAAUCUACACUGGAAAAGCAUUUAUUUUAUUUUUUUAUCCAGAUUCGUCCUACUCAUUUCAUUGAAGCUGUACGGUUAACAUUUGUUUAGUUCUAGUUCUUUUCAUAGCUUAUUGCUUGUUGCCUAGUUACAGUAAAAUGCCCAGAAGGCGAUGGAGUUAAUGAGUUAAGAUUUAACAAGGAAACACCUGCUGUACCUUAACAAUUAUUACCAUGGAUACAUUUACACACAUUAAUAAUGUAGCUAAAAACACAUGUAUUAUCAUCAUCAUUUACUAAAUAUGCCUAAAGAUAUUCACUCAAAAUCAUGGAAAGCGGUUUGAUACUUUAACAGCAAUGAUUAACACAAUAUUCUCAUUGGUGUAUCAUACAGUACAUUUUAUAGAUCACACCACUACAGUAAACCGUGCCACUGAUUGAUUGAUUGAUUUAACUAGUCAGUGGCUUGAUUUAAGAUACUAAAAUCCAUUACUUCUCACCAGGCUUUUCUAUGCAAUAAUUAAAUAUAUGCAAUUAUGUUUUAUUAGCUUUACCAUUUACAACACAUUAUAAUGAAUCUGUUUGAACUUGUGUGCCAUCAAGUUUUUUAAUCUCAGACAUCACAGUGCUCAUAUUUCCAAUGGUGGACAUACAUACAUACAUACAUACAUAGAUGCAUACAUGAGGCCUUCAUAUCUACAUCUCCAAGCAUAAUGUAAACUAUUCACCCUCCUCCUAGCGCCAUCAUUCUAAACACAUUUACAUUAAACUACAAGUGGGCCAAGCUACAGUGGCUUUUCAUAUUGCAUAUUUAAAGACAUUCUGCUCUCUGUGGCCCCAACCUCUGGCACAUGGUUUAACUAGCCUGAGGUGCUGUCACCAAGCCCCAGAAAUAAAGACUACACUACUGCUACCACAGGAAAUGUGGCCUGCGACACAUUGUCAUGGAUGGGGGCGAUUCGGACACAGUGGAAAUAAACACUUGUCGAGUGAGUUUUUACAUUUAACUUUAAUGCCAAAUGUUAUUUUCCUCUACUUGGUUUUUAUUCCAAACCAAAUAAGUAUUUUGUUAACCUAUGAUCAUUGCCUUCCUGGUUCGGUGUUGAACAUGAUGACAUAAGGGGAAAGAUGCCAGAACACUUUUGCAACAGAUAUUAUGCACUGGUUCAGGAUAUUGUUUAGGUUUUGUUGUCGUAACUUAAAUCGAUUCAGUUCUUUCCAUUGACUUUCCAGUGUGUAGAUAAAGUGCUUCCAUUUAUUUUUGUGGUGAUAUGACGCUAUUCAAUUAACAAUAUAAUAUAUUUUGAUAUGAAACUUUUUCUGCUUCUUCAUCCCUGUUUUAUUUUCUUCUUGAAAAGUGUACUCCAUUACUUUUUUAACAGGUCAUAGAUUUUCGAAUGUGUUAAUGAUAGUUUGAGGUAGUUUGAUGUUUGAGGCUUGAUGGACUUGCACAAGAGAUUACAACAAUAUUUUACAUUUCGGUCAACUAUUUCUUAAAUUCAUAUUACUUUCCAGUUGAGGCAGUAUUUUUCAAACAGACACGGUCCAUGGGUAAACUGAUUCGAAGGACUAUGUUUUUCUAUUAGUGUUAUUUUAUCCCAGCAAAUUAACUUUUCAACAUGGAGCAUACUUACGUAAUGUGUAAUGCUUUACCCAAAACUAAGCAUUUAUAAAAGUUAAUUGCUAGAAUGGGGUUAAAACAUAUUGGCCAUUUAAAAUAUCAGCACGGUAAUCAAUAUGUUUUGAAAGUGCUGGAUGAUUUGUUGAUACAGUAUUUAUUUGUAGGCCGCAAUAUUUCAGUACAGAAUUUUACCAUGAAUCUUUCCUCAGUUUUGACUUCCUCAGUCAAAAAUAUGAAUUCAGUAAAAUACUAUCCAGUGUUGAAUAUGCAACUAACUAAGAACUAAUCAUAACAUGUACCUCCACUCAACCACCAUGAUAUUCACUCAUCCAUUCAAUAGUCAUGGAUUGAACUCUUAUGCCCUGACCAUGUGAAGGAUCACUGCACUUGGGAACAUGCUAUAUGGAUUUAUUGUAACCAAUUGCUUAUUAAGGUGCAUUAUUACUAGCAACCUGUCCAGGGGGUAUACUUGUACAUCAAGCUGCCUCAUGCUACAGAAACAGGAGAUAGGCUCCAGGGUUGGGGUCAAUUCCAAUUAAAAUUGAAUUUUAAUUCAAUUAAGAAUCGACCUGGAAUUUGAAUAGAAUACAUGCAAAUUAAAAGGCAGAAGGAAUUGAAUUGGAAUUGAAUUGAUGGAAUUUACCCUGACCCUGAUAGGCUCCUGCCCUACGGGACAAGGGGCAGGGGCUCGGACAAGGCUUACUUUGUUUAUGUUAUUCAAGAUGGAAAUUACACUUACUGCUCUGAAUAGAGAACUUCAAGAAGGUCUAACGUAUUCUAGAACACUGACACAUUCUAGAACAAGAAUUGUAUGUUUAACUUAAUUGCUCAGCGGAUCAAUGUUCAAAGUAUGGAAGAGAUUGGAAUGUUCACUGAUGGGGAAAACUCCAUUGGACUGAUAGGACUUCCUACCCUUCAUAUCAACCUGACCUAUCAUAAUGUCAAAUAUUAUUGACAAUGAAGGAAGUUCAUAUAAUAUUUGGCAUAUAGGACAGUGUAAUAUGAACAUUUUAAAAGUAUGAAAUUCAACUAGCAUGUUAUGAUUUGUUAGUAAUUGCUGAUAACAACAGCUGUUUGGUUCUGUUUAUUGUAUUUGUAAUAUAUCAGAUGCCCUGGUUAUGGUGAUGCACUCACCACCCAGUGAUAGAAAUGGACAGAAAUAACCAGUCAUGAACUGAACUGUACACAAAAAUGGAAACGUUUUUAUUUAUGUAUUGUUAUUAAUUUUUAGCACAAGUUGGAAUGGCCUUAAUUUUGGUUUACUUGCUUAAAUAUUGUGUAUUGGCACAAAGUGCACAUCUUAAUUUGCUAGUUACAGUUAUCAUAAUAAUCCAAGAGUGCACUUCAGAAGAAGGAAAAAAGUUCAGCAAAUCUUUUUUAUUUUUCAUUAAAAUGUGAAAACACUGAAUAUUUUGCAUGAAUAUAAAUACAAUGGCAGAUAUUUUGGGCUUGUACAAAAAUGUAAGCAAUUUGAAGAAAAAAGGAAUGUACAAUUUCUGCUGUAAAUGUAUAUAACUAAAUAUUUAUUGAAAUAUGUCAUUAUAAGUAAUUCGAAUUACAAUUAAAGGUUUUCUGAACAAACAUUUCUUUACCUUUUUUUUGAAAAAUUGUCAAGAGUUGGAUGGUCGGAGUUGGACUAUUGCUCUCUGUUACCCAGCUCAAGGAUCUGUUUCCCAGAUCAAUUAUCUGUGUAUAAUCAUAAGAAGUAUUAAAAAUUACAAACAAUAAAUUACAUUCUAUUGCUAACUAGAAAAAAGCCCUUGAGGAGACAACUAUUUCUCUCUCCACUUUAUGAUUGAAUUGGGCUUCCUAUAGUUGACUUUCAAAAACAUGUUACAUAAAUGGUAAGCAUUUUAAAUACAAAUUGAAAUUAUUAUAUUUCAGCAGACGCUCUUAUUCAGAGCGACUUACAGGAGCAAUUAGGGUUAAGUGCCUUGCUCAAGGGCACAUCGACAGAUUUUUCACCUAGUCGGCUCGGGGAUUAGAACCAGCGACCUUUCGGUUACUGGCAAAACGCUCUUAACCACUAAGCUAUUGUGAAAUGGUAGCCAAAUGCUGUAGCCAAAUAGCUAUCCAUGUGCUUUUUUCUCCGUGACCAAAACAUGAUGACUAGCGAGGGAAGGCGACUCUUCCUUGCUUUUACAAAAUGAAAUGACAAAAAUAAAAAUAAACUUUGCUCUAGCCUCCUUGUGAAUUGGAGUGGGACCGGUGAGGAUAUCAUGUAACCACAAUGUGUCCGCUUCUCCAAAAAUCCCACUCCCCCAUGCGCAUGCACAUCAACAACGGAGUGAAGCUUGUAUUAACCUUAAGGUGCCCUAGAACACAACACGACACAAAACAGACAUGUUCCUGCCAUGUUUCAGCCAUGUUCCUGCCAUGUUUCCGCCAUGUUCCUGCCAUGUUUCCGCCAUGUUUCUGCCAUGUUCCUGUCAUGUUUCAGCCAUGUUCUGCCAUGUUCCUGCCAUGUUCCUGCCAUGUUUCCGCCAUGUUUCUGCCAUGUUUCCGCCAUGUUUCUGCCAUGUUCCUGCAAUGUUUCAGCCAUGUUUCUGCCAUGUUCCUGCAAUGUUUCAGCCAUGUUUCUGCCAUGUUCCUGCCAUGUUUCUGCCAUGUUUCCGCCAUGUUUCUGCAAUGUUCCUGCCAUGUUUCAGCCAUGUUUCUGCCAUGUUCCUGCCAUGUUUCUGUCAUGUUCCUGUCAUGUUUCCGCCAUGUUUCUGCCAUGUUCCUGCCAUGUUUCCGCCAUGUUUCUGCCAUGUUCCUGCCAUGUUUCAGCCAUGUUUCUGCCAUGUUCCUGCCAUGUUUCCGCCAUGUUUCUGCCAUGUUCCUGCCAUGUUUCCGCCAUAUUUCUGCCAUGUUCCUGCCAUGUUUCAGCCAUGUUUCUGCCUAAUGCCUCAGUACUUACAUCCACCUGCAGUUGACUGGGCUGUUAAUUGUGUUAGAUGACAAGCACCACUCAUACAAACACAAACACAGCUGUUAAUUGUGUCAGAUGACAGUUGGCUAAUUGUCUGUGGGUGGUUCACCAGAACAGGUGCAGAAAUGUAUUCAUGAAUUCAUCAUUCAAGGAACCCAGUAUACUGUAGACCUACAGACGUGUAUGGAUGGUAUGACAUAUAGUGUUUUCUGACUUAUAGAGGGAGACCAUAGAGAGGGAGACCAAUGGAGAGGGAGACCAUAGAGAGGGAGACAAAUAGAGAGGGAGACCAUAGAGAGGGAGACCAUAGAGAGGGAGACCAUAGAGAGGGAGACUAUAGAGAGGGAGACUAUAGAGUGGGAGACUAUAGAUAGGGAGACAAAUAGAGAGGGAGACCAUAGAGAGGGAGACCAUAGAGAGGGAGACCAUAGAGAGGGAGACUAUAGAGAGGGAGACCAUAGAGAGGGAGACUAUAGAGAGGGGAGACUAUAGAGAGGGAGACUAUAGAGAGGGAAAGGGUACAAAUAGAGAGGGAGACAUAGAGAGGGAGACCAUAGAGAGUGGCGACCAUAGAGAGGGAGACUAUAGAGAGGGAGACUAUAGAGAGGGGACCAUAGAGAGGGAGACCAUAGAGAGGGAGACCAUAGAGAGGGAGACUAUAGAGAGGGAGACCAUAGAGAGGGAGACUAUACAGAGGGAGACUAUACAGAGGGAGACUAUAGAGAGGGAGACUAUAGAGAGGGAGACAAAUAGAGAGGGAGACCAUGGAGAGGGAGACCAUAGAGAGGGAGACCAUAGAGAGGGAGACUAUAGAGAGGGAGACCAUAGAGAGGGAGACCAUAGAGAGGGAGACCAUAGAGAGGGAGACUAUAGAGAGGGAGACAAAUAGAGAGGGAGACCAUAGAGAGGGAGACCAUAGAGAGGGAGACAAAUAGAGAGGGAGACCAUAGAGAGGGAGACUAUAGAGAGGGAGACCAUAGAGAGGGAGACCAUAGAGAGGGAGACCAUAGAGAGGGAGACUAUAGAGAGGGAGACUAUAGAGAGGGAGACAAAUAGAGAGGGAGACCAUUGAGAGGGAGACCAUAGAGAGGGAGACCAUAGAGAGGGAGGCCAUAGAGAGGGAGACCAUAGAGAGGGAGACCAUAGAGAGGGAGACCAUAGAGAGGGAGACUAUAGAGAGGGAGACCAUAGAGAGGGAGACUAUAGAGAGGGAGACCAUAGAGAGGGAGACCAUAGAGAGGGAGACCAUAGAGAGGGAGACCAUAGAGAGGGAGACCAUAGAGAGGGAGACUAUAGAGAGGGAGACCAUAGAGAGGGAGACCAUAGAGAGGGAGACCAUAGAGAGGGAGACUAUAGAGAGGGAGACAAAUAGAGAGGGAGACCAUAGAGAGGGAGACCAUAGAGAGGGAGACAAAUAGAGAGGGAGACCAUAGACAGGGGGACUAUAGAGAGGGAGACCAUAGAGAAGGAGACCAUAGAUAGGGAGAGCAUAGAUAGGGAGACUAUAGAGAGGGAGACUAUAGAGAGGGAGACCAUAGAGAGGGAGACUAUAGAGAGGGAGACUAUAGAGGGGGAGACUAUAGAGAGGGAGACAAAUAGAGAGGGAGACCAUAGAGAGGGAGACCAUAGAGAGGGAGACCAUAGAGAGGGAGACUAUAGAGAGGGAGACCAUAGAGAGGGAGACCAUAGAUUGGGAGACCAUAGAGAGGGAGACCAUAGAGAGGGAGACUAUAGAGGGGGAGACUAUAGAGAGGGAGACCAUAGAGAGGGAGACCAUAGAGAGGGAGACCAUAGAGAGGGAGACCAUAGAGAGGGAGACCAUAGAGAGGGAGACCAUAGAUUGGGAGACCAUAGAGAGGGAGACCAUAGAGAGGGAGACUAUAGAGAGGGAGACCAUAGAGAGGGAGCCCAUAGAGAGGGAGACUAUAGAGAGGGAGACCAUAGAGAGGGAGACCAUAGAGAGGGAGACUAUAGAGAGGGAGACCAUAGAGAGGGAGACUAUAGAGAGGGAGACCAUAGAGAGGGAGGACCAUAGAGAGGGAGACUAUAGAAAGGGAGACCAUAGAGAGGGAGACUAUAGAGAGGGAGACCAUAGAGAGGGAGACCAUAGAGAGGGAGGCCAUAGAGAGGAGGACUAUAGAUAG